UGAUUUGAAAUAUAUAUGACAUUAUCAUUUAUCAUUUUAAAGUGACACUUUUUUUUAUUUGUUAGACAUAUUUUUAUACUAUUCAUAUCCUUCUUCAUCCAAUCAUUGUACUAUAUAUGAAAUAUUAAUAGACAGUUAGUCAGUCAGUUAUAAUCUUAUCUUCUUAGUUUGGGUCAAAACUGUGGCUCACUUCAUACUUUUUAAGUCAAUAAUCCUAUAAUGUCAACAAAUCUCGAAGUUGAAGAUGAUGAUAAGAUCCAGGAUAUAACUAAUGAUGAAUCUGAACUCUUAAUACCGAGAAAAAGUAACGCAUCAACUAUCAAGACUUAUGAGAGUUGUGGUACAUACGAAGAAGUUUCAUCAUCUUCAUCUUCAAAUUCAGAUCUUGAAGAUUUAGAUCCUGAUGUACUUGAAUUACCCAAAGUUAUUCGUGAAAUAGUCCCCUUGCAUGAUGAUCCUUCGAUUCCCGUAUUAACAUUCCGUUACUUCUUAUUAUCAACUAUCUUCAUUAUUCCUGGUGCCUUUAUUGAUACUAUGAAUUCAUAUCGUACUACAUCAGCAGCAUAUUCUAUAUUCUUUGUACAAAUUGCAGGUCAUUGGGCAGGGAAAAAAUUAGCAAAGCAUUUACCCAAGAAAGAUAUCAAUCUCUUUGGUUUGAAAUUCAAUUUGAAUCCAGGACCAUGGUCUAUCAAAGAAGCUGCAAUGGUAACCAUAACGGCAAAUAGUGGAGCAACUGGUAACUUGGCCACUAACGCUAUCUCAUUAGCAGAAAUUCAUUUUGGAGAAACAGUUCCAAUUCCAGUUGCUUUAGGUUUCAUGUGGUCUAUUGUAUUUGUGGGAUAUUCAUAUGCUGCCAUUGCUAAAAACUUUUUACUUUAUGAUCCUCAAUUUACCUGGCCUCAAGCUUUAAUGCAAACUACAUUAUUACAAUCUCAAGCUAAAUCUGAUGAAGAUUCCCAAGAAGGAUCUAAACAAAUGAAAAUAUUCUUUAUAGUUAUCGCUUCUAUAGCGGUAUGGCAAUUAUUUCCGGAAUUCAUAUUCCCAUUCACCUCGUCAUUAGCUGUUUUAUGCUGGAUAGCACCAAAUAACCAUACCUUAAAUUUCAUGGGUUCAGGACUUGGAGGUAUGGGAUUAUUAAAUUUUUCAUUAGAUUGGGCUAAUAUAACAUCUUCUAUAAUGUUAUAUCCUUAUUGGAUUCAAGUGAUUCAAUUCGUUGCAUUUGUACUUGGAGCUUGGAUCUUGAUUCCUUUCGCAAAAUGGAGUAAUAACGGAAUAUUUAAUGGAGGGUUAAUGUCAAAUGGUUUAUUUCUUAGUGAUGGAUCUCCAUACCCAGUAGGUGAAUUAUUAAAUACAGAUUUAACUUUAAAUACUACUGCAUAUGAAUAUUAUGGUCCUGUACAUUUAGGUGCUCAAAGAGCUUGGAAUAUGUUUUUUGAUUACGCAGCUUAUAUAAGUGGAAUCACUUGGGUAGUAUUAUUUGGGUAUGAUAAAUUCAAAUCAUCAUUUGAAAACUUCAAAAACAGUAAAGAUAAUCGUACUGUUUAUACUGAUAGACUUAAUAAAUUACAUUCUCGUUAUCAAGAAGUUCCAAUUUGGUGGUACGCGGUGUUAUUUGGUAUUUCCUUAACUACAUUAAUGACAAUCUUCUUAUCAGGGAAUUUGUUUAUGCCAUGGUGGUGUUGUAUAGUGGCCUUGAUUAUGGGAUCUAUUAUUGUCACUCCAUUGGCUUGGCUAUAUGCUUUAUCAAAUUUUCAACUUGCUAUAGGUACUUUUAAUGAAUUAACUUAUGGUUAUAUGAUGCAAAAUGUGACACAGAAACAUCCGGCUGGAGCUUUAGUAUUUGGAUCAAUUGCUGGAAAUGCAUGGUAUAGAGCCCAAUAUCAUCUUGAAUGUAUGCGACUUGGAUUUUAUAAUCAUUUACCUCCUAGAGCGGUGUUCUUUUCUCAAUUAUAUGGGGAAUUAAUUGGUGUUCCAAUCAAUUAUUUAGCUUUAAGAUGGGUCCUUGCAACAAAGCGUGAAUAUCUUAAUGGAACUAAAGUUGAUCCAUUACAUCAAUGGACAGGACAAGCAAUCACAUCAUCUCAUACUAAUGCAAUUCAAUAUGUUGUAUUAGGUCCUUCCAGAUUAUUCGUAAAUUAUCCAUUAUUACCGUAUGGGUUUGUGCUUGGUUUACUUGCUCCAUAUAUUCUCUUCAAGUUACACCAAAGGUAUCCAUCAUCCAACUUCAACUUAUGGAACACAACAGUAUUCUUCUCAAGUAUGAGUAGAUUCUAUGGUAAUAUAUCUACUGGUUACCUUUCUAGAUUUGUGGGUGGAACCAUAACCAUGUUUUGGGCUUUCAAAUACAAGCAUUCAUUAUGGAAGAAAUAUAAUUAUAUUUUAGCUGCUGCUUUCGAUACAGGAUACAACUUAGCCAUCUUGAUUAUAUUCUUAUUAUUUUCAGUUAUAACCACUACUAAUAUGCCCAAUUGGUGGGGAAACAAUUCUCAAAGUAUUGAAAGAUGCUUUGCUUUAUAGAUGUAUUAUAAAUAGAAUAAAUGUACAAUAUUAUAUACAGGAAUGGACGAAUUUUUUAUUUUGUUGUAUGAGAAAAAAUGGAAAC